CUCCUGAGUGUGCCAAUUUUAACAGCCUAGUUAACUGGGACGAGUUAUCCUACGCUAGGUAUAGUGCAGUGAAGUACUCUCACAUCCGUUAGCACGUUACAACGUGAGUUUAAUCACAUUUCACAGCAACAGGCGGUAUCUUUGCUCCUACAAAGCUGGUUGCAGAUCAGUGAUGCAUACACGCGUCUCAGGUGUCCCUACUGGAGCAACAUAGACUCCCACACUUCACGACGAUAAGAGCCUAUUAACAGUAUCAUUAGAUGCUCAUUGUUUGUUGUUGAGGCUGACCAGUAUGAAGGGUCUUCUACCAGCCUCUAGCUCACCAGAGAUGUACCUACAACCGGCUUAUACUGCCCUGGUGUAGAAAUCAAGAUUUUACUGAAGACAGCCACAAGAGUGUUAGGGUUAACAUUAUGGGUACUAUGAGUGAGGUGGUCACAUCAAGGCCUCCUGCUUUUGAGAAGAAAACAUCUGCCACUCAAAUACCACCAACUGACAAGCAAAAACCUAACACCUGUUCUGACCAUCACAAUGCUCAGAAUGUGGAUGAAUCUGAUUCAUGCAUUGAAAGCCAGCUAGAACCUGUUGAAUGUUUUGGUCCGUACUUCAGGCUGAUUCCUUGUAGUGGUCAAGUCAAGGAAUUACAAACAAUCAUCCGGGAUAGGAAUACAUCAAGAAGUGAUUUCAAAUUCUAUGCUGACAGAUUAAUUCGCUUGGUGGUUGAAGAGGGUCUAAAUCAGCUGCCAUAUUCUGACUGUUCCAUCACAACACCAACUGGAUGUCAGUACCAGGGUUUGCAGUUUGUUAAAGGCAACUGUGGUGUUUCAAUUGUCAGAUCUGGAGAAGCUAUGGAGCAGGGCUUACGGUCGUGUUGUCGGUCUAUCAGGCUGGGUAAGAUUCUAGUAGAAUCAGACCUGGAAACUCACGAGGCACGGGUUGUAUAUGCAAAGUUUCCAGAGGAUAUAAGUCAACGAAAAGUUCUUCUCAUGUACCCUAUUAUGAGUAAGUUGUUUACUUUAAGUAAAAAACAUUCUGGUAGCAAGUGUCAAUCCGUAUUUUUUUUUUUAUGUGCAUUGGUGUGCCUCAUAAUUUGAUUAAUAUAGCUGAUAUUGUAUAAUUCAAAUAAAGGAUUACCUGGUACUCGACAUAGCA